GAUAGAGAGUUAUUCGUGUAAGAUGGCCGGGGAUGACAAGCACAUGUUCAAGCAGUUCUGCCAGGAAGGACAACCUCAUGUGCUGGAAGCUCUGUCUCCUCCUCAGACGGGUGGUGUUAGUCCCAGCAGGCUGGGGAAGAGUCUCGGAGUAGAUGAGGAGGGCCCGUUGAGCGAUAAAUGUAGCAGAAAGACCCUCUUCUAUCUGAUCGCCACUCUGAACGAGUCUUUUCGGCCAGACUAUGACUUCAGCGCAGCACGGAGCCAUGAGUUUAGCCGGGAGCCUAGUCUGAACUGGGUGGUGAAUGCUGUGAAUAGCAGCUUGGUGUCUGCUCUGGGUGAAGAUUUCUCUUCCCUGAAGCCUGAUUUGUGGGACGCUGUGGAUGAAGAGAUCUGCCUUUCUGAGUGUGACAUCUACAGCUACAAUCCUGAUCUGGACUCUGACCCCUUUGGUGAAGACGGGAACUUGUGGUCGUUUAACUAUUUCUUCUACAAUAAAAAGCUGAAAAGAAUUGUCUUCUUCACGUGUCGCUCGAUCAGUGGAUACACCUAUAAGCGGGCUGACGUGGGCUCCGAGCUGGACAUGGACCUGGAAGAGGAAAUGGAGGACGAUGAACCGAGCCACAUUGGAGGCGAUCGGCCUUCGAUGAUGUGCAACUAAAGUGUCCAGCACAACCCUGUGAUGUGACGGAGCUGGUGGUCUCGUCCCCCCGUGUCAUCAUGUGCCUUGUCGUCCUGAGGCCCAGAUCCCGGUGAUGUCCGCUCCUUGUUGUACUGAUGACCGUGGUGAAGGGGCUUUGAUGCCCUCGCUGUGUGUGAAGACCGGUGGAUGGACGCCGGCUGCUGUGCAUAGAAGAUCCGGACCAUUCUUUUGUAAACCUACCCCAGGACACUUGUGUAUUACCGCGUGUAAUGGGCGCAGCGCCGGCUGCCAUAUAAUGUUUCAAUCUUUUUGCCUUUUAACUCCUCAGUUUUUGGGCUGUGAACAUGAUAUUGGCUUGUGCACUGACUUACAAUGAGUGUUGUGUGUGUAUAUAUUCUGGUCAGCCACGGCUCAUAUAUAUAUAUUAUAUAUAUAUAUAUAUAUGUGGCCCAGGCUGGGAAUGUCUGUCCCCUAUGGAGUCCGUCCUCUCCUCAUCCCCCUCUUUACAGCUUGGACUCGGACGGCCUCUCAUUAUCCUGCUGUGUCAGCUCCUCUUUAUUCCUUAAUGUUGGUUACAGAAUGUUUGUGUUUUUAGAAGUUUUUUAUGCAAUUGAUAAUUUUCUUCAAAUUAUUAAAAG